CAUCUUUUCUCCACAAGCCUCUCCCUUUCUCCAAGUUUGUUAACCGAUAUAAUUACAACUAUUUUAAUCUUUUUCUUCAGUCAAAACUAAGUGAAACAACAUGGUUCCAUCACUUUGUGCCAAUGGUUGUGGUUACUAUGGUCUUCCUUCAAACAAGAACCUUUGUUCAAAGUGUUACAAUGUUUAUCUCAAAGAAAACAUUGUUCUUGAGUCAUCGUCUUCUUGUCCUUCAAAGAACCCUAGUAUCAAUGAUAUUUGUGAUGCUGUGGCAGCUAUUUCUCUCAUUGACAGUGAUAACAUGAAGGAGAAGAAAACUAGGUGCAAGAGUUGCAACAAAAAAGUGGGACUAACAGGGUUCAAGUGUCGGUGUGGUGAUGUAUUUUGUGGAAUGCAUAGAUAUCCAGAAGAACAUACAUGCAAAGUGGAUUUAAAGAAGAUUGGUCGUCAAAUAUUAGAGAAACAAAAUCCUUUGUGUAUGGGUGAUAAGUUAAAAUACCGAAUCUAGAUAUGAUAAAUAGAUAGUGAAUAUUACUUUUCUUUUAGGUGCAAAAGUACUUUUUAUUGUACUUUUCCUUGAAACAAAUACUUUUUUAUUUGAGUACUUUCUUUUUUCU